UGCUGCCGUGAGAUCAUGAAGAACUGAUCAAUCGUUGUGGGAACUGAGCGCGUGGUCGAGUGCACGUGUACCGAGCGAUCGUUGAUCAGUUUUGGGGUGUUUAAAUUGAGAAAAAUGGCGCCCGGUGCAAAAUGGACGCUGAUAAUUUUAGUUGUGGUACAAAUUAGUGUCUUGAAAAGUGCAGUGUCCAGUCGGGAAACUCAAACGUCACUCGAGAAGGAGCUGUGGAGAAGCUUGCCAAAGCUGUACGACUACGAUGAUUACGACGAGUGUAAACACCGGAAUCCGGAUUAUUUCUACUGUGUGGUAAAAGCACAUAUCAUCGAGAAUGCAAGUUCAGAAUUGUGGCGCAAGAUUAGUCACUACUCCAGCGACCCACGCCACUAUCGACGAGACAUCCUCGAGCUUGGCGUCUGUCUGGAUCAAUGUGACACGAUCGCCACGGAAGAUCUGGGAGAUCUUACAGGACGGAUGAAGAAAUGUUCCGAGAACCGGGUAUGGAACCUGUGCCAGCUGAACUCGACCUCAGAAAUCCUGAACUGUGUGUCGAAGAAGAAGUUGGAUCCACCAUCAGAUUCAAUUGAUGACGUUUUCAGCUGGGUCACACUUGGCUUACUGUCCCUGGUAAUCAUGAGCACGAUUUUUGACGCCAAACAGCUGCCGUUCAAAGACACCCUGAUCAUCCGGUCUUUCUCGUUGGCCCAAAACCUUAAGAAGCUGGGCUCCCUCAACGCCCGAUCUCGCCAAGAUCUGCUCUUCCUGGACGGCGCUCGCGUGCUGACCAUGCUCGCAAUCCUGCUCUGCCACGCUUCGAUCCCGAUGAUCCGGAUCCCGCUCAAGAAUCCCGAACAGUUCGAGCAGCAGUUCGAGAGCUGGUGGUUCCCGAUCGCCAUGGCCGGCAACACGUACACCGUGCAGCUGUUCUUCGUGAUUGGUGGAGUCGUGCUCGCAGUUAAUUUCCUCGACCACAUCAAGACCCAUCCGCAGUUUCAACUGACGUACCUGCUGGACAGGAUCGUCAAUCGGUUGAUACGCAUUGUCCCCGUUUACGCCUUCGUGAUACUCUUCCAAGCUUCCUGGUAUCGAAGCUUGAAGGAUGGACCCAUCGCGGAUCGAUACAAGGAUCACUGUACGGAAAAUUGGUGGACCAAUCUGUUGUUCGUGAACAACUACAUCAAUACUAGUGAGCCAUGCUCGCAAUUCACAUGGUACCUAGGCGCUGACUUUCAGCUGUUUCUGGUAGGAACGUCGAUAAUGAUGGUGCUUUGGAAAUUCCCACAACUCCUGAACAAACUGAUUACAGUUAUGGUAGCUUUCGCGUUGAUCGUACCAGCUGCUUUUAUUUACAUCUACAAUCUGGAUGCAACUGUGAUGAUGAUCGUUAGAUUCGUCACCGAAGAAAUCCGCACCUUGGAGUACUACCUGCGGGUUUACGUCACGUUCGAAAGUAACGCCGGAAACUACUUUUUCGGCAUGAUCGUGGGCAUCGUGUACCAUCGCUUGAGUGAAAAGGCGAAAAAGAUGCAAGACCUGAAAGGCUUCAAGCUUAUGUUCCUCAGCGCGACCGUCUUCUUCCUCGCCAUGAACGGACUUACGGCGCUGCUACCUCGGGAUCAACUCCCGGAACGGUCUCUCCUGUUGGCGGUCUUCGGCUCGUUGCUCAAAUGUUCCUGGGGUCUGCUGGUCUCCUGUUUGAUGCUGUAUCUGGCCCUUAGUCCAGGCUGCCUGUUCGGAUCAUUCCUGCAGCACCCGUCUAUGCUGGUGGCGUCCAAGCUCAGCUAUUGCGUGUACGUGGUUCAGUACACCGUGGUCUACGGAAUCUACCGGAACGUGACCACUCCACUCAUGAACGGUGGAUUUAACACGGUACUCUUCACAUCGGCCGUCCUAUUUGUAGCCGUCUUUGCCGGACUUUGGCUGCACCUUUGCGUUGAAGUACCCUGCAUGACGCUGCUAAAGCCUAUGCUUGAGCGUAUUUCUCCAAAAACACACCAAAAGAUACAAAAGAAGCAGCUUAGUGAGAAAGGUGAAACAGUUGCGAAGGAACCCACAGACUUUUAAAUGAUGUUUGAUCCAAGUUAAAUUGGAAUA